CUGGUGUUUUGUAGCCACCUGUAUCAUGGCCGUUUAGCAUAUUCACCGAACGAAAGCAGUCGACGGAGCAGUUUCAAUUCAGAUGUUGACGUAGUGUCUGUGUCAGAUGCAGAGUACCAUUCAGAACUUUCUGAGUUGAACAUGCAGAUUACAAAGAUACGUCAGCAGCUGUUGAACUUGGAAGAGAACCAAGGUCACAACGAUGAUCAGUACAUCAGAGUGAAGCAGGACAAUGCAAUCCUAAGAGAACGAGUCAAUCAGCUUGAAGAACAGCUUCAGACUAGCGAGCAGGCAUGGAAACAGCGCUUGGACGAAGCAGAACGUAAGAACAAGGAAAUGUUGGUACGGAUAUCUCGUGAAAGACAGCUUGAAAUGGAGGCAUCGGCACUGCGAUAUAAACUGUUAGAGCGAGACCAUGAGGGCUGUACUGCGGAGAAACAGAGGUUGCAAAGUGAACUAGAGGCACUGCGAGAGAAAUUCAAUAGAAUAUCUCUGCAGUUGGAGGAAUCCCUUGAUCAACUGAAGAUCAGUGAUCAGACGCUGGCCGAAAAAUCCGCCGAAUGCAGUCGUCUGCAGGAAGAAGACCGAGCAAGGCUGAACGAAGCAUCAGACACGAUCGACGAACUUCGAGAACAACUUGAGGAAAUAAGUCGCGAGCAUGAUUUAUGCAAUUCCACUACGAUCGAGGACCCAAACAACGAAAUCGCUCAGGAGGUUCAGCGGUUAAGGGAAGAACGCAAGAAAUUGCUGGCAACUAAUGACGAACUGCACGCCGAACUACUUCAAGCGUCGGUGGACCACGGGAAAUCCCUUCUUCAAGAUGGCAUAUCGCUGGCCGAUGAACUCUGCGUCGAGAAGAUGUCUAGGGACCAGCUAAUGGAGUCCCUAAAGGAACAAGAAACUGUCAAUCAGAAGUUGCGCGUUUACGUUGAAGGCAUUUUGACUCGCGUCAUAGAAAUGUACCCGGCGAUUCUGGAGAUCAGACUAGACAAAGAGUAG